UUUUUCUUUAGUUGCGCAAUCUCCCUGUAGCUGUUGCCAUGAAGCACGGGCACGAGGUGACGGCUGGAGUUUUCUACGGCUUGGCAAAGCCAGGUCCUUGCCCUGAUCAGGUGCUAAGAGCCGCCAGGCUCUCCGAUCUGAUUCAAGAGUCGCGGAAACUUGCGCAAUUUGAUGGUGAUGACUUUCGGCAGCUGGAACCAUCCAGGGUCAUUGAAGCGUUGAAGGAGGCAAGCGAGGAUGCUGAGAAGACUUCGUGGCUUGCUGCAGCGAUUUUUGUGGGAACUGCGCAGGCGUGCCUCAAGGGGGGCUAUUCCAUGACUUCACCACCGAAGCAGGUGGAUUGCGGCCACUUGGUGAGACCGAUUUCCUGCUUGCAUCCCGCUGGAUCAAUGCCAUCACAAAGCUCCUUGAAGGCAAGUUGCCAGAGGCAACGAAUCCAAUGCUACUGCAGCUCAGAUGCGCUUGACGUGGCUUUGCAACUCUCAGCUGAAGGGAGGCAUGUCACCAUCCUGAGGUGCACUGCGUCUACACAUCCGCGGAGUGAGCGCAGAAAGUACAGCAAUCUUCAUGAGGAUCAGCUCUUCUUUCGGACCACUUAUUUUGAGGGCUUCGAGCGAGUGGAAGCAGACAUUCAAGCCGCACCAGAUACGUCUCUUGUAGAGGGCGGCAUCAUUUACACCUCUGGUGUGGGCAUACUACGCGGUGCACUGAAAGAUGGAGCGCCGUGGGUGGAGCCCGCCCAAGUGGACGUGCUUUGGUUCACUCUGCCUUUGCAUCCUCAUCAUGGUGAGCAGGUUGUAUCAGUAAUACUAGCGUGUGGAUGUGGGUCGUCGAGCUACAAGGAAAUCUAUGCUCGAGAAGAGGAACGCAACCUGGUUUCAGCAGCUUUGGAUCGUGCCUUCGCCUGGGCAUGUGCUCAUGGCGCCGACGCGCUUGUCCUGCCUCCCUUUGCGUGCCAGGGCGGCUUUCUCCACCCAAGGCUACACUUCGCAGGGCUUGUGCAUGAGGUCUCCAGGUUGCACGAGCGGCACUUGCCUUCGGUGUGUGUGGCAUCUGAGCAUCCUUCGCAUGACGCUGCAUGGUGGGAUGGCUUUGCUGAUGGUGUGGUAAACGGACGACCUGUGCCUCCUCCCAUCAUUCAUGUGCCGACGAUUCCACUGAUGACGGACAAGCUCGUGGGAAAGGAUGCUUCGGCACUUCUCGAGAAGAGACGCAAGCAGCACGCUGUUUGGUCUUCACCAGGAACGCGACAAUUCCGCACCAGCUUCAUGUGACGUUCGCAGCAUCCUCAAUGGAUCACGCCGCCACAUGCCCACUUUGAACAGGGUGCUCUAGACAUGUGUGUUCAAUCGUGUUGUGAGUGAAAACAAUUCCCUUGUUUUUCAAGAUGUGAUCUGCACCGCAGC